AAGAAAAGAACGUAAAUGGCCGAUGACGCCAAUUUUCAUUAAAAAAAUCGUAAAAUAAUUCGUGCGUAAUAAAACUUGUUUCAAAUAGUUUCCACAGAGUUCGUCAGUUUUAGAUUUUGCACUAGAUUAUUAAAAUGUUGGGAUCUGGAGACAGUAGCCAUAUUAUAAAAUUACGCGGCUUGCCUUUCUCUACGACUGUGGAAGAUGUCCUGGAUUUUUUAGUCGGUGUCAACGUGGUCGGCGGCAAAGAAGGGGUACACCUUACUGAAGUGCGACCAGGGCGACCGUCAGGAGAAUGCUUCGUAGAAGUUGAAACCACUCAAGAUGUGGAAGAAGCCCUGAAGAAGGAUAAAGAGAAUAUGGGCAAGAGAUACAUUGAGGUAUUCUCAACCGAUCGUCAAGAUAUGGAAUGGGCACUAAAUGCUAUGCGCCAGAGUGAGAAUGGGUUUGGUGGGAUACCCAACGUUUCUGAUGACAUGGGUAUUGUCAAACUGAGAGGUUUGCCUUUUGGUUGCUCCAAGGAAGAAAUUGUUCAGUUCUUCAAUGGGCUCCCGGUGGCCCCAGACGGGGUGCACUUGCUAUUGGACCACACGGGGCGGGCUUCGGGAGAGGCGUUCGUACACUUCACUGACAAGGGGAGCGCUCAGGAUGCUCUCUCCAGGGACAGGGAGAAAAUAGGACACAGAUACAUAGAAGUGUUCCUGAGUUCCGCAGACGAGGUCCGCUCAUACAGCGCCCGUAUGGAGGAUGGAUUCCGUACGUCGCGGGGAUACCGCCCCACGCCGUAUGAUAGGGGCGAUAGAUUCUCGGGUAGCAGCCGGUUCAGCGGGCGUGGAAGAGGGGGAAGCUAUGGUCGCGAGGUGUCUGGCGGCUACGGCGGGCGCGGCGGCGGCGGCGGCGGGUUCCGCGCACGCGGCGCCGGCGGCGGCUGCCACUGCGUGCACAUGCGCGGGCUGCCCUUCAAGGCUUCGCCGCAGGAUGUCGCCUAUUUCUUCAAGCCGAUCCGGCCCGUGAACAUCAACAUCCUGUACGACAACAGCGGACGCCCCUCCGGCGAGGCCGACGUCGAGUUCGAGUGCCAUGAGGACGCCAUGCGGGCGAUGCGCCGGGACAAAAACAACAUGGACCACCGCUACAUCGAGUUGUUCCUCAACUCCUCGCCCGGGGGUAGCGGGUUCAAACCAAACCGGACCUUCCGCAACUACUGAGCAAGCCAGGACUGAAAUGCCGAUAUCUAUCAUGAGUGUACCUGUCAGUUAGCACACAUAAUAUACUGUUAUCGAACUAUCGAUAGAUUGACUAUCUACAGUUGACCUUGAAAAUUAUCUACACUAUCGAUAGCGAAAAUAGGACAAAAGAAGUACAAUUAUUCGGCCUUAUUGCUAAAAAGCAAUUUCUUCCAGGAAACUUGAGGGUGAAAGAAAGUAAUUAAAUUCUACUAACCACAUCAUACUCCUGCCCUUAACUCUUUAACUGCCGAUAUACCAGACACAAUAUAUUUUACACUGUGUCUGGUUGAGAUCUGCGUUCCGGCAGACGAGAGGUUAAGCGGGGUCGCCAUAACGUAUAUUCCACUUCCAUACAUCGCAAAUUUACGUCUUUCACACACACAUGGUUCACAAAAUCCAUCCACACUUUCUCCCGUCAUCCCCCACCUUCCAUACUCAUCCACAUUCAUCACUCACCUCGUAAUAUGCCUUUCAUCCCUACCCCCAGAAACCUUGUUCAUGCUUAGCAUAUAACAAAGCAUAUUAAUGUUCAAUUUACGAAUCUUCCAUUUAAAAACUACCUCCACAUCAUAUAAUUUCGAAUAUACAUUUUUUAUCAGCAAAGCCAGUACAAAUACUGAUUUUGAGCGACUACUUGGCCGGGCAAAUGACUUGGCAAGUGGGUUAGUGUUGUUAGCCUGUAUAUACUUGUACAUUGUAUGGAUUCGGCAUUUUAGUUCCUAACAUAGACUGUUUAGACUUCACGUACAUUUGUUAAUAAUUAUAUUAAACACAUUUUUACAUAAGACUUCACAUAAGAUUUUAUGCAUUCGUCAUACUUUGGUAAUUCGGUUUCCUUUUGAGAGAUCGGUAAAUGUAUUAUUAUAUUUUAUUUUGUUUUAUUUUUUAAUUGUGUCUCACGAGCAACUUUCGUAGUACCUACUAAACUGUUGCAUAAUUAUUAUUUAAAGCUUAUGUUAAGUCGACGGCUCAUUUUAAUAAUGAUCUGUACUCACUCAAGACUUUUUAGCCAUAACUUUAAAGCCGUAUAAUUGGUUUAGAUUGUUAGAGAAGCAAUUUCUUUUAUUACUUCUCCUUUUCAAUUAAUUUCAUAAUAGGACCUUUGUAUUGACACUUUUAUAUUUUUAAUUUUAUAAAUUUUGCAUGAUUUAUGUAAUUUAAAUGCACGGUAAACUAUAUUUUUUUGUAACAUCUGUCACACUGCAUUUAUGGCAAAUAAAGAAUCUUAUCUUAUCUUUAGGUCAUGGACGUAUUGGCGUGUGAAAAUGGGAACUAACGGCACAUCGUAUAUAAACGUCUUUUAUGUCAGUUUAUUAAAGAUGGUGCACACACAGGCCUGUUGGCUUAGAUUAUCUACCGGGUAAGAGCCUUUAGCGCUCCCCACUUCUCCAGCCAAGUAGUUAAUGCCUUUGGUGGCGUGGGAGUGCUGUCGCCAAAGGAUGUUAUUCGAGGUACUGAACUGUGCAUAGUUACUAGCUACAAGUUGGUAGAGUGACUAGGGAAUCAACGGUCCAACGGUCUCAUGUUGGAAGUUGUAUAUAUGCGUCACGCUGUGUAAACUUCGAUAGCGCGUUUCAGGACUGCAUUAUUGAACGGUGGCGCCAUCUGUUGCACGUGAGCGGAACUAGCUGGUCAACUAGUUGGGUCCGCCAUACCCGGCAAAUGUACAAUAAGUUACGUCAAAAAAAAACAGCACACCAGCCCCUGUCAAUAUCAUCCACGCGCCUAAAGACCUUUGUCAGUCUAUAGCUAAGAAGUUUUGAGUAAUUAAAAGAAAUUAAAGUGUACCUAGAGUACCUACUUGUAUAAUUUUGUCACUACAGCUCAUCCACAUGGAGGCGGUAUUAGGCUUAGAGGCAAGUUUGUAUGAAUCCACUCCGUAACGGAUUUCUGUGUAAACUUGAACGACGGGUACAUAAAAAUCCCGACCCGCAAAGCUCCCGCUGUCGCGUCUAUGUGGAUUGAGCUAUAAAAUGGUGCCAUUACACAACGCAAUAUAAUAAAAACCUAAUGACAAUUUUAAUAGAACUUUUAAAAUAUAGUGUUUAUUUUUAAAUUAAAAAUAGGUUUGCAUUUGACCACAACUUCACCUAAUGAGACGUGGCUUCAGUCGGAACACACUUAGUAAAUGCCCCUUCACUUGAGAGAGAAAGCAGUGGAGCGAGGUACUUCAUCGGCCCAACAGUGCGUACUCCAGGGCACUGUGAUCGGCAGAUACGCAGUACAACUGGCCGGCCCUCCUAGCAGUUUCUCUGGACACGAGUUUCGUCGCUUGGCAAGGCUUUGUCUGAAGCCCUUUAUUAGCUUAUAGAAUAAGGAAUAAUACUACGUAUGGAACGGCAACUGUCCCGCUUUCCACCAGCGGGUGAGCUAAGUUUACCUUCCCCCCCGCCCUCGGUCUUACUUUAGUCUUCAAUCGUAAACGCCCCACAUCAGAUGCGCUUGUACGAUAACGUCAAUGUGUAGUGUCUGUGUAAAACGAGGUGGUAUAAAGUGUCCGCGGUAGGUCAGUGAUACAGUCUUCCCCUAUAUUGCGUUGUGUUAUGCACCGUAGCAGCAUUCUGAAAUUGUCAAUUAUGAACAACUAACUGUACUUAGUAAUUAUAUUAAUUUGGGACGUUAAAAUAUAGUAUUUUAUUGUCGAACGAAAGAUUUUUACAGGAAAAUAUUUACAUAAACACUGCUUUAGGAGUACCCAAGUUUUGACGCGAAUAGACAGUUAAAUUACGGAGUAAGUAAUAUUCGUAAGUAGACUAGAUAAAUAAUGUAUCUGUUUGAUAAAUGGAAUAUUUUCCAAUUUAAUGCAAAUUAAAAAAACUAAAGUAAAUAAAAAAAGAAUUGAACCGUUUACGUACAACUUCAAAAUAUAUGGUACUCUCAAACCGAACGUUUGGCAUAAUGUAGCAUGCACUAACGCAUGUGUUAAGACACAAACAUAACACAAUUCAUCGGGUCAUUACUCAUCGGGUUUAUACCUACACCCGAUGCAUCGAGCCCGAUAGAUUGGAUAGUAAAAUAAGUUCUUUAGUUAGGCAUCGGAAUUGAGAAGUAUAUUUAUUCUUUCAUUCAAGUUUUUGUACCCGUUUGUGGUUGUAUAAAAUAUACAAUUAAGUAUGACAUAACUACAAUCAGUUUGCAAUAUUUAAUACAUAAGAAAAUUAGAAAGAUCAUAAAGUUCAGUAAACACAGCGCGGACACUCAAUACAAAAAUCUAGUUCUUACUGUGUGCCGCUUACCUCGUGCGUAGGAGUGAGAUAGACAGCGCGCGCUCCCUUACUCCUGAACGAUUUACGGCUUAGACUAAAGCGGCCCCCGUCGGGGGGUGAGGUAACUCAAGCUAGUAUCGGUGCGGGGCGGAGUGUCCCUUCUAUACAUAGCAUAGUUUAUGGUAAAGAUCACAUGCUUUGUUGAAUCUCACAAGAAAUAUAGAAAAGAAUCGAAAGCAAGCACUUUGAAAACAUAGAAUAAUUAAUAUUAGGUACCUCUGAAACGAAGCGGACGGGUCCAAAUUAUUUUUAUACCGUUUUACAGCUGUUUUAUUUGCUAUUGUGUAAGUACCUCUGAGAUAUUAGGGUUGAUUUGACGUUCGCUCCUUUUGUCUAAAAACGGAAAAUCUUACGUGAUGAUGACUAUUCGGACAGAUAGAAAUUUUAGUCCGACAGCUCGUAGACUAGUGCCGUCUUCACUUCCAAUAAGUACAAGAAAGAGAUAGAACUAGUUACAGUCCUGCCAAAUUAAGUUUUGGUAUCUCAAAUCGGCAUCAUUGUCGAACUGUAGGCUUAUUUAGUAGCGUUCAUCCUUCGGUGUAAUACUGAGAUCGGUCGUAAAUUAAAAUCAAAUUAUUUAUUUAACGUUAUUAUCAAAGAUAAAUAAACUUGUCGAAUACUUAUCCAUUUUGCAAUGAAAGCAGUGUAAAAUUGAUUUUCGUAUGUAGAAUGAACUUGAUUUUGAUCUAUGACAGUCGAUAGUUCUCAGUUGUCCACCGACGCUGUCAAAAGUUAUAAAUUAAGGUUGGCCGAUCUCCGGGCGUCAAACGUUAAUGUUAAAGGGGUCUAUAAAGUAUGAGCUCCACUAGAUAGCACGAAACUAAUGAAUAAAGUCGCUAUAGAAAAAUGUACACGUACUUAUGUAUAUCAGAUAUGUGGAAUUCAUCAUUCAGUCGCACACCGGACAUUUUAUACAAAAAUCUGACACUCCCUCUUACUCCUUUACCAUUUAGACCCAGACCCAGAGGGGGUGAAGUCUGCGCCCGAUACGAAUUGGUGCGGGGUGGAAAGUUACCGUUCUAUACGCAGUAUUAUUCUUUAUUCAGUAGUGUCGACGCUGCUAGUGGAACUCGCAGUUACAUCGCACAAUUGUAUUGUGAUAUUUCAGGCGUUGUUACAGUGACAUUUGAAACGCUGUUGCUUUUAAACUUAUGCCGUAAAAUUGUGAAUUCGCUGCAUUUGCCGCGCAAAGCAACCGGUCUGUAAAUACACUUAAUUUUACUUUAAAAAUCCGCUAUGUGUUUUUUAAAGAACGUAAGCUGGAAAGCCCCUCAUUAGAUAUCUACUAUAUCAUGUUUUUAGUUUUUUACUGUGAUGAUUGAUUUUUCAGUAUAUAAAACCUAAUAGAUACUACCUAUCAACUCUCUAAAAUGAUUUCCCUCUCAAAAGAGGCUACAAAUUGGUGCUGAUUCCUGUAGACACCUGAACUUUAUUUUUAGUUAUAUCUGUCGUUUUCUUAUCCGUGGAAAAGGAAAGGGACGAGUAGUCGACAGGCUAAAAAUGUACCACUCGUAUAAUCUGUUUUACUGGAUUACACUGGAUCACUCGGGAAACUUAUUUUCGGUGACUAAAAAAGUUUACAAGUAUAACUUAAAAUAAAAUUAGGGGAUGUUUGCUAAAAUCAGCUCUAUUGUCUUCCGAACUUAAAGCUCCGUCUAUCUCCAUAAGAAUCAUACUACUCUCCAAACUACUCUUCUGGGUCGAACGUCGUGUCUUAUAAGGAGGUGAAGGAAUUGGUCUUUGAUAUACAAGAAUGGAGAAUGCUACACCGACAAGAGUGUGGCUCUUAAAUUAGUGAUGAUGACUCUUCUGGGUAACGGCUGUUUUAAGUUGUGUAAUACAAAAGUCUCAUUUUCUUAGUCGAGUAAGCAUUGUAACAGCGCCUGAAGAGUAGGUAUUUUGAAUAAAAACACCAAAUUACUUAAGUCCUUUUGAGUAUUGACCGUUAUUGUAUAAAAUGACUGCAUUGUCAGAGUUAUUUGAUGUCUUAGCGAUGUAAACUUUUUACUUUAAUAAAUUAAUAUAACAGUAAUAUUAA